AUGUCAUCCAAGCAAGUCGCCCUGAUAGUCGGUGCCUCACGAGGCAUCGGCCGACAAAUCGCCAUCGACCUAGCUAAAAACAACUAUAUCGUAAUGCUAGCAGCAAAAACAACCUCAGACGCAUCAACCUUAACCCCCUUCCCCCCAGACCCAAAUUCCACCCUAUCAACAAUCAACACCGUAGAACGUGAGAUUCGUGAAGCAGGCGGUGAAGCCAGCACGGUGGCCGUCGACGUCCGGGAUGCAGCACAGAUCCAGCAUGCCGUCGAUGAGACAGUCCGUCGAUUUGGUAAACUGGAUACUCUGAUCUACAAUUCCGGCGCAAUCUGGUGGUCUUCUGUUGAGAAUACACCGUUGAAGCGAUUCAGACUCAUGCAGCAGGUUAAUCCCGAGGGUCUUUACGCAACGGUUCAAGCUGCGUUGCCUGUUUUCGAGAAGAAUGGCUGGAAGGGACGGAUUGUGGUCGUUUCGCCGCCGAUUUAUUCGCGAUUCUUUAGGGGGAAGACAGCUUAUGCUAUGGGCAAGGUUGGAAUGAGCGUCUUGGUCAAAGGCCUAGCCAUGGAUUUUGUGCGUCAGGGCCGAAAUGAAAUGGCGGUGACCAGUAUUUGGCCUGCAUCGUCGAUUGAGUCUGCAGCUACGGAGCACAAUAAGGCAUCUGACAAGUCUUAUAAGAAGGAUUUGAGAAAACCGACAAUCUUUUCGGAUGCUAUUUUGGCUAUGCUUCAAACCCCGCAUCAUGUAGUGAAUGGACUUCUGGAUACGGACGAGGACUUCCUUCGGGAGAAAUGCGGUGUCUCUGAUUUUUCCAAGUAUUCCGUCAUUCCAGGUUCCACCCCGCGCCGAAUCAUGCCAAAUCAGUUCCCGGUGCUCGAAGUUGCGGAGCAGGAUGACGAAGGACAGCGGAUGGAUAGCACGAAAGUGCGGGCCAAGAUAUAG